GUGACUGUAUCCCAAACCCUUGUAUGAACGGAGGCACCUGCAUGGAAGAGGGAGACCACCUUGUGUGUCUCUGCCUACCAGGAUAUGGAGGAGACGCUUGUCACAUAGACCUGGAGAAAUGCAAGUCUGGCUGGGACAGUUUCCAGGGCUUUUGCUACAAGCACUUCCCCACUCGGCGUAGCUGGGAAGACGCUGAGACUCAGUGCAGGAGCCACGGGGGACACCUUGCAAAUAUCAUGACACCCGAAGAACAGAGUUUCCUCAAUGAUCAAUACAAGGAGUAUCAAUGGAUCGGCCUGAAUGACCGGACAAUUGAAGGGGAUUUCCAGUGGUCGGAUGGAAGCCCUGUGCUUUAUGAGAAUUGGCAUCCUGGGCAGCCCGAUAGCUAUUUCCUCUCUGGAGAGAACUGUGUGGUGAUUGUGUGGCAUGACGAGGGGCAGUGGAGUGACGUACCUUGUAACUACCACCUGUCGUACACCUGCAAAAUGGGACUGGUGUCUUGCAGCUCACCCCCGGAGGUGGCAAACGCCCAAAUAUUCGGCAAACCAAAGCAGCGUUACGAAAUCAAUUCUGUCAUCCGGUAUUGGUGCCAGGAAGGGUUCGCCCAACGCCACUCACCUGUCAUCAGGUGUCAAGAGGAUGGCCAGUGGGAACAGCCACAGUUCACCUGCCUCCCAAGGAUAGGCCAGUUCCAGGAGUGAAGAGUGACCCGAAUCUGUCCAUCAGCCCCCGUUCGCAAUCCAAGUCAGGAGUCUGGACAAAACAGCAGGAAAUGAGAAAUGGUGCCUUCAGUCCUUACUCUCUUUUUUAUUAUGUGUAUAUAUAAAGAAAUUCUAAUAACUAAAUAUUUCCUUAAAAAAAAAACCCGACUCCUCAAUGGCAAAAUAAAAUAUAACUU